AUGGCACCCAGACGUGGUGGUGGUUCCUACAGUGGCGGCAGCAGCUCCAGCUCUUCAAGCUCUAGCUCAUGCAGUGGCUCCGCAUUUAGCUCCCAAGCAGCCCAAAUUACCAUCGCGUUCCAUGCGCUUUUCUUCCUUGUCUUCUGUGGGCUGUUUUGCUUCGCGAGCUUCAAAUUGAUCCGGAGCAAGCAGAAAGGAAGAGCUUUACGACGAUGGUUCCCUCUCGGUUUCUCGAUCGUCUUCAGUAUCGUUGCAGUCAUCCUUAAUAUCGUACUCCUGGCUCUAAUACAAUGCGACAUCACAUCGAUCACCGUGUAUCAGCUUGUCAGCCUUGUGCCAGGCUGGCUCUCCGCCCUGGCAUACUUCCUCCUCAUUGCCCUGAUCAUGGUCCCAAUCUGCAAGCGCCUGGUUCAGGGUAACAGAAAAAUCGCAAAAAUGGUCACCAUCGUCCAUUCCAUCUACGUCGUCGUGCUUGGGAUUAUCCUCCUCUGCCAUCUGGCUAUCUACACUCAUCUCGUUGAUGCAUCGUAUCGCGGUACCUUGGUUAGUGGUAGCACAUUACGAUACCAUCAAAUCAAACUAGCCACGGCAUAUGCCGUGCUCGCCGUAAUUGGCAUGCUAAUGGCAGCUGCGAAUAUGCUUUUCGCGCUGACCCGUGGCCAUCAUUUGAGACGAGGGAUCCUCUUCCCCGCUAUCAUACUCCUAAUCCUAUCGUCACUGGGAAUGACGGUUCUCGACCUCGCCAACCACAUCAUUAUCGAUUACCUACAAGCAGAAUAUAUAAGCAAGGGAAUCGACGCAUAUAACCGCUCCUUGGAGGCUCAGAAUUUCCUGGGGUAUUUCUUCUACUCAGUGACCUUUCUCAUGGCUCUUCUUGUCGCCUCGUCGAAGCAAUUAUCCGAUAAUACCUCUACCGGGCCUGUUAAGCACCUCCAGAACCAACAGAAGUAUCCUGGGGUCUCGCAGGCUCAACAGCCUUAUCGGGCUUAUCGGCCACAGGGUCAGGCGAAGAUGCACAAUGGUUAUCAGUAG